AUGCUCGACUACCAUGUUUACACAGUAGGGUGGAUAUGUAUCGCCUCCACCGAAUUGAACGUUGGACGAGGCCUACUAGACGGAGAGCACGAGAACCUGCCACCAAAGCCCAAGGAUGACAACAACUACCUCCUUGGCCGCAUGAACGGACGCAAUGCGGCAAUCGGCUACCCUGAAUCAGGCCUCUGCGGCUCUCAUAACGUCUCCCACGUCGCAACCAACAUGGCAAGGGCAUUUCCCCACAUCCGGUUUGGGUUGCUGAUCAGCUCCCUCCUCACAGAAACGCAGCACCUGCUUGACACUUUCCCACUGGACACGCACCCGCUGACGCAAUUCACGACCGGUGACGACCUCGGCGACAACAAACCGCACGUCGGUGAUGACUACUUCCUGACGUCGGGCGACAAAAUCCGCUUCUUCUUCGAGCCCGACGCCUUCUCCGCAUCCCCCGACCCGGCCACCGGCAAACCCGCCCUUCUGAAGCCGAAACAGCAAGCGGUGAACAAGAUCGGACACUCGCUGCACAGUCUGUCGGCGCCGUUCCGGGCCGUGUCGCUGUCGGAGCGCAAUGCGGCGAUCGCGCGGUCGUUGGGGUUCAAGGACCCCCGUGUGCUGCAGAGUAUGGUGAUAUGCAAGCAGCCGGGGAUCGGGGGCGCGGUGCCGCCGCAUCGGGACUCGGAGUUUCUGUAUACGGAUCCGCCGUCGGCGGUGGGGUGGUGGUUUGCGUUGCAGGAUGCUGGGCCUGGGAAUGCGACGCUCGGGAUGUAUCCCGGUUCGCAUCGCGGGAGGGCUGGGGGGAAGGUGCGGCGGAGGUUUGUGAGGAGGUCGAAUGAUGAGGGAGUGGUGGUGGGGACGGAGUUUGUGGAGAAUGAUGGGCCUGGGUUGCCGAGGGGCAUGGAGGAAGAGGAAGUGGAGGGGGAGGGGCCCAAGGAGGAGGAUGUGGAGGUUUUGGAGGUGAAGGCUGGGUCGCUGGUGUUGAUUCAUGGCAAUGUUUUGCAUAAGAGUGAGAAGAACACUAGUGAUCGGAGUCGGUUUGCGUAUACAUUUCAUGUUAUUGAGGGUGCGGAUGGGUGGAAGUAUGAUGAGAGGAAUUGGUUGCAGCCCCCCGAGGAUGGGCAGGGAUUUUCGAAGUUGUAUCAAUGA